UUUACGUGGAUUUUGCCAGUAACCAAAACGGAGCACUGAAAAAGACGCAGAAAAAAGGCUGACAUUGAAAAUCGAAAUUCUACACAGAAUACUAAUCAGUCUUCGCAUUCCUUGCCAUCUUUUUUUUUUUUUAUUGGAAUCGGUAGCUUCAAGGGAUCGUCUGCCCCUUACUAUUUACGUUUCAGGAGUCUCAGUUUCGUGGCCAAUAUCGGGUUUUAGUUUGAAUUACCUGGGCAUUGAUUAAGAUGCAGGCAUCAAGGGCAAGGCUUUUUAAGGAAUACAAGGAGGUUCAACGAGAGAAAGCAGUUGAUUCUGAUAUUCAGCUAGUAUGUGAUGAUUCUAACAUAUUCAAAUGGACAGCUCUGAUCAAGGGCCCAUCAGAAACACCCUAUGAAGGUGGUGUUUUUCAGCUUGCGUUUGCUGUUCCUGAGCAGUACCCCUUGCAACCUCCCCAAGUGCGAUUCCUGACAAAAAUAUUUCAUCCUAAUGUGCAUUUUAAGACUGGAGAGAUUUGCUUAGAUAUUCUUAAGAAUGCAUGGAGCCCUGCUUGGACACUCCAAUCUGUUUGUCGGGCUAUAAUUGCUUUAAUGGCCCAUCCAGAGCCUGAUAGCCCACUCAAUUGUGAUUCAGGCAAUCUUCUACGUUCUGGUGAUCUCAGGGGAUUCCAGUCUAUGGCAAGGAUGUAUACCAGGCUUGCAGCCAUGCCAAAGAAAGGGUAAUCAGUGUUCUAUUACCAUGAUUUCUUUCACUGCAGGUUUGAGAUGAGUGUAUUGUGAUUUACUCAACAGAUUUGGAUACUGAUUGUUGGAAAUGCUAAAACUAAAUCUAAUUUGAAUGUUUCAUCUGUAGUUAAAAGAAGAAAAGAAACAUGACUAAGCCAAUGUUUAAGAUGGGCUAAAAUCAUAUUCCUUCAGAACUUCCUCUAGCAA